ACCAUCACAUCCCGGUGCUUUACUAGCCAGCUAGCUACAUUUCUUGAAUCUGUCUCCCCCUCCUGUCUCCUCUCCUCGAUUAUUUUCCACUCAGCUGAUCGCAGUUUAAAAUGGCGGCGUUGAGUAACGCCGAGUCCCCACCGCCCGUCUUCAACGGUGACACGAUGGACCGAGACCCGGAGCGGGAGCGGGGACUGGAGGAGCUGGGAGCCUGCCUGGACCCCGCCUGUUCGGUGGGGAUCCCGGAAUGUCCGCAGGACGAGGAGAUCUGGAAUAUCAAACAGAUGAUCAAGCUGACCCAAGAGCACUUAGAGGCACUACUGGACAAGUUUGGAGGAGAAUGUAACCCCCCGUCCAUAUACCUUGAGGCCUAUGAGGAGUACACCAGUAAGCUGGACGCUCUGCAGCAGAGGGAGCAGCAGCUCCUGGAGGCCAUGGGGAACGGGACUGACUUCUACUCCUCCUCCCCUACGCCUCCUUCCCUCCUGGAUGGGGGUUUGAGCUGUUCUGGGGGAUCCGGGGGCACCCAGUUCCUUCUCCCCUCCGCCCCCAACACCCUGGCUGUCCUCCAGACCCCUACAGACGGACGGGCCAAUCCCCGCUCCCCUCAGAAACCCAUCGUCAGGGUGUUCCUGCCCAAUAAACAGCGGACCGUGGUCCCAGCCCGCUGUGGCAUGACGGUCAGAGACUCUCUGAAGAAGGCUUUAAUGAUGAGGGGACUAAUCCCUGAAUGCUGUGCUGUCUACAGGAUACAGGAUGGAGAGAAGAAGCCUCUUGGCUGGGACACAGACAUCUCCUGGCUGACAGGGGAGGAGCUACACGUGGAAGUGCUGGAGAACGUUCCUCUGACCACACACAACUUUGUGAGGAAGACGUUUUUUACGUUGGCCUUCUGCGAUUUUUGCCGGAAGCUUCUGUUCCAGGGGUUCCGAUGUCAGACGUGUGGCUAUAAGUUCCACCAGCGUUGCAGCACGGAGGUGCCGCUCAUGUGUGUCAACUACGACCAGCUAGAUUUGCUGCUGGUGUCGAAGUUCUUUGAGCACCACCCCAUCACCCAGGAGGAGGUGUCGUCAGAGGGCACCACCCCGGUGUCCGAGGCCUACCCGUCACUGCCCCCGUCCGACUCCACCGGGUCCCUGUGCCACGCCAGUGUGUCCCCGUCCAAGUCCAUCCCUAUCCCCCAGAAUUUCAGGCCCGGAGAAGAGGACCACAGGAACCAGUUUGGACAGAGAGACCGCUCGUCCUCCGCUCCCAACGUCCACAUCAACACCAUCGAACCCGUCAACAUAGACGACUUGAUUCGAGACCAAGGUUUACAGAGAUCAGAAGGAGCCCCCCCCUUGCAGACCCACCCACCCGCCCGCUGCUUGAGGAAGCACCGAACACGGAUCUCAAGCCCCCUCCUAUACUCCUACCCCAAUGACAUAGUCUUUGAUUUUGAGUCCGAGCCUGUGUUCCGAGGGUCGACUGCAGGGCUGUCGGCCACGCCCCCGGCCUCGCUGCCUGGCUCAUUGACCAAUGUGAAGGCUCCUCAGAAGUCUCCGUGUCCACAGAGAGAGAGGAAGUCAUCGUCCUCGUCUGACGACCGCAAUAAGAUGAAAACCCUGGGCAGACGGGACUCGAGUGACGACUGGGAGAUCCCAGAAGGUCAGAUCACCCUGGGUCAGAGGAUAGGCUCCGGAUCCUUUGGGACCGUCUUCAAGGGCAAGUGGCACGGAGACGUGGCGGUGAAGAUGUUGAACGUGACAGCUCCCACCCCACAGCAGCUACAGGCCUUUAAGAACGAAGUGGGAGUCCUCCGGAAGACUCGUCACGUCAACAUCCUGCUGUUCAUGGGUUACACCACCAAGCCUCAGCUGGCCAUCGUGACCCAGUGGUGUGAGGGCUCCUCCCUCUACCACCAUCUACACAUCAUAGAGACCAAGUUUGAGAUGAUCAAGCUCAUAGACAUCGCCCGGCAGACCGCGCAGGGCAUGGAUUAUCUGCACGCCAAAUCCAUCAUCCACAGAGACCUGAAGAGCAACAACAUCUUCCUACACGAGGACCUGACCGUGAAGAUAGGAGACUUCGGCCUGGCCACAGUGAAGUCACGCUGGAGCGGCUCCCACCAGUUUGAACAGCUCUCUGGCUCCAUCCUGUGGAUGGCCCCAGAGGUCAUCCGCCUGCAGGAUAAGAACCCCUACAGCUUCCAGUCUGACGUCUACGCCUUCGGGAUAGUUCUCUAUGAGUUGAUGUCUGGGGCCUUGCCCUACUCCAACAUCAAUAACAGAGACCAGAUAAUCUUCAUGGUGGGUCGGGGAUACCUGUCUCCUGACCUCAGUAAGGUGCGCUCCAACUGUCCUAAAGCCAUGAGGAGGCUGAUGGCUGACUGUAUGAAGAAGAAGAGAGAGGAACGACCCCUAUUCCCUCAGAUCCUGGCGUCCAUUGAGCUGCUGGCGCGUUCUUUACCCAAGAUCCACCGCUCCGCGUCGGAACCCUCACUGAACCGAGCCGGGUUCCAGACGGAGGACUUCAGCCUGUACGCCUGCUCCUCCCCCAAAACCCCGAUACAGGGGGGAUACGGGGAGUUUUCAGCAUUUAAAUAAGAUGCUGAUCCAGAUUCCACCAGUUCAGCCAGUCCAUCCCUCGUCACUCUUCAACAAGUCUUGUGUUCCUGCGGUGGAUUACUUCAUCCAUGUAACCAAAAACCAACAUCCUGGUCUCAAAAGAACGUGCUGUUUUCUACUUUCCACACCUGGAGAGACAGACAGCCAGCCUCUUCCUCUCUCCGCUCCACGUCUCAGGAGCUCUACAGAUGAGAUCUCCGCCGGGGAAUCACCACAUCGGGGGGGGAAAAACUACAACAUCUGAUUUUAGAAACAAGGAAAAAAGAAAAGUUGAAUGACACACAACCAGACACACUGAAGAAACCAAACCAGAGGAAGAAGAGAGAACUGUAAAAGGAGAGAACAGCACUUCUUCAUUGUAGGAUGAAGGAGGAAUAUAACUGUUGAGAGCACAAGGACAGGAUUGGGGUUAGGGGUCGAGAGGUUAGAGGUCGAGGGUUUGGGCAGCACACGCCUUCUCACUCCCCUCCAUGACGAAGAGGGCGGAGCUACAGGCACAGGAAACCACACUUCUUUCCUGGCUGCUCAUUGGUUACCCGAGAUGAACGGGGCCAGGUCUGAGCCAAUCGCUGAUAAGCUGGAUUUCCCGGGGGGGGGGGGGGGGGGGGGGGGGUGGAGUCGACCCUGUGGGAAGAGGACUUGAAAGAAUUAAUUUAUUUGAAGAAAAUGAAAAAAGCUGAGGUAUUUGUUCUUCUUGUUUUUGUUGACGAGAUUGUUGUCGUUUUUACUGUCACUACAAGGCAUUCCUACCCGGUGAUAGGUCACACGCAAGCUUCACUGAAAGGACAGCGACUCUGAGACUGUCCCCUCAGCGCUCUCUCUCACAGAUCUGUCCCUUUUCCAAUGAAGGAUGCUUUCACACAUUUUUUUUUCCAGACUCCGGGAUCCUGUGUCUGAUUUUAUGUCUAUCUGCCCUACCUCCGGGAUCUUGUCUUUGUCAUUUCGCUCACAGCAGAACUCCAUGUUAACCCCUUGUUUGGAUCAUUUUGAUUUGUUUAUGUGGAGUCGACCGGAAAAACACCAUCAUCCGCUUUUUUUCAGGGACACACAGUGUGGUUCAACCUAACUUCCGUUUCCCCCUGAAAACCAGAAGUGGGGAACUCCGCUCGCUACGUUAGCGUCACAAAGAGCCUUUUUGAAAUCAGCCGAGUGACCGUUGUUUUGGAAGGGACAACAACAGGUCUGUUAGAAAAAGAAACCGUGUGAAUCUAAGAUGGCCGCCAGUGCCUCUUCAGACUUGGUGUUUUGAGGGGGGGGGGGGGGGGGGG